AUGGCCUUCGGGGGGUCCACGGAGCCGUGUGCUGCAGCAGCAGCAGCGGCGGCGCCGGCGGCGUCCUCAGCCGCUGCAGCACCUGCUGCUGCCUGUCCCGCUGCAGCUGCUGCAGCGCCUGCGCCCUUACCAAGCGCGCCCAGCGCGUCCGCCGCCUCCAGGGGCGCCAAGCGGCCCGAGGGGGCUGCCGCCGCAGCAGCAGACGCAGCAGCACCAGCAGCAACAGCAGCAACUAGCGGCAUGUACGUGCUGAACCGCCGCGGAGAGCGCGAGCCCGUUUCCUUCGACCAAAUCCUCCACAGAGUCCAGUCUCUGUGCUACGGGCUGCACCCCCUCGUCGACCCCGCGAGGGUCAGCCAGGCGGUGAUCAACGGCAUGUACGCGGGCAUUCGCACCAGCGAGCUGGACGAGCUCGCAGCCCAGACCAGUGCGUACAUGGCGGCGCACCACCCGGACUUCUCGAAGCUGGCUGCGCGGAUCGCGAUCGACAACUUGCACAAGAACACUUCUGCGGACUUCGGCGAAGUCAUCGAACGCCUCUACUCCUACGUGGACCUCCAGGGCCGCAGCGCCCCCCUCAUCCACGAGGAGGUCUACGCCUUCGUCAUGCAGCACCGCGAGACCCUCAACGCCGCCAUUCAGUACCAGCGCGACUUCGACUACGACUACUUCGCCUUCAAGACCCUGGAGAGGUCGUACUUGCUGCGGACUCGGGGGGCCAUUGUGGAGCGGCCGCAGCACAUGAUAAUGCGGGUGGCCUGCGGCAUUCACUACGGAGACAUCGAAAGGACUUUGGAAACUUACGAUCUCAUGAGCCGCAGACUCUUCACCCACGCCACGCCCACGCUCUUCAACGCCGGCACUCCCAGGCCCCAAAUGAGCAGCUGCUAUUUGCUGACAAUGCAGGAAGACUCGAUUGACGGGAUCUUCAGCACUUUGCGGCAGUGCGCGCUAAUCUCGAAGACGGCGGGGGGGCUGGGCCUCUCGGUGACGGACAUCAGGGCCACCGGCAGCUACAUCCGGGGGACCAAUGGCUACUCCAACGGUCUUAUUCCGAUGCUGCGGGUCUUCAACGACGCGUCGCGAUACGUGGACCAGGGGGGCGGCAAGCGGAAGGGGAGCCUCGCGGUGUACGUGGAGCCGUGGCAUGCAGACAUUUUUGAGUUUCUGGACAUUCGGAAGAACCACGGCAAAGAGGAAAUGCGCGCGAGAGACCUUUUCCCGGCGCUGUGGAUCCCAGACCUCUUCAUGAAACGCGUCUACGACAACGGCCCGUGGACGCUGAUGUGCCCGUGCGAGUGCCCCGGGCUGACGGAGCGGUGGGGCGCGGAGUUCGAGGCGCUGUACGAAGAGUACGAACGGGCGGGGAAGGGGCGGCGGACGGUGGGCGCGCAGAAGCUGUGGUUCGCCAUUCUGCAGGCGCAGAUCGAAACGGGGACCCCGUACAUGCUGUACAAAGACGCGUGCAACCGGAAGAGCAACCAGCAGCACCUGGGCACGCUGCGCAGCAGCAACUUGUGCUGCGAAGUCGUGCAGUUCACCAGCCCCGAGGAGGUGGCCGUCUGCAACUUGGCCUCCGUGUCGCUGCCGCGCUUCGUGGACGCGGCGAAGCGCGCCUUCGACUUCGAGGGCCUCAAGCGCGUCGUGGCCGUCAUGACGCGCAACUUGAACAACAUCAUCGACCGCAACUUCUACCCCGUCCCCGAGGCGCGCAGCAGCAACUUCCGCCACAGGCCCAUCGGCCUCGGCGUCCAGGGCCUCGCCGACGCCUUUCUGCUGCUGCGCUACCCCUUCGACUCGCCCCAGGCUCGCCAGCUCAACGCCCACAUCUUCGAGUGCAUUUACUACGCGGCCUGCGAGACCAGCAUGCAGCUCGCCGCUGAACACGGGCCCUACGAGACCUACGAAGGGUCUCCGGCGUCGAAGGGCAUUUUGCAGUUCGACAUGUGGGGCGUAAAGCCCAGCAGCGGCCUCUGCGACUGGGACGGCCUCAAAGCCAAAAUCCGCAAAUACGGACUUCGCAAUUCUCUCCUCGUCUCCCCCAUGCCCACUGCCAGCACUUCCCAAAUCCUUGGGAACAACGAGGCGUUUGAGCCCUACACUUCGAACAUUUACUGCCGGCGAGUUUUGAGUGGAGAGUUCUUCGUGGUGAAUCCGCAUUUGCUGCGGGACCUGCUGGAGCGGGGGCUGUGGACUGAGCAGCUGCGGCAGCAGCUAAUUGCGCACAACGGGAGUGUGCAGUACAUUGCGGAAAUCCCCGAAGACUUGAAGCUGCUGUACAGGACAGUGUGGGAAAUAAAGCAAAGAAGCAUCGUGGACAUGGCCGUGGACAGGGCCCCCUUCGUGGACCAGUCGCAGUCGCUGAACAUCCACAUGGUGAACCCCACUUACGCCAAACUCUCCACCAUGCACUUCCACGGCUGGCGGGCGGGGCUGAAGACGGGGAUGUACUACUUCCGCACGCAGGCGGCUGCGGACGCCAUCAAGUUCACGGUGGACCAGGAGGUGGCCAGAGAGGCGAAGGAGAAGCAGCAGCAGCAGCAGCAGCCGCUGCGCCUCGCCGCCCCGGAGGCCGCCAAAGAGGGCCUCGCCAGGCCCGUGGCCCACGCCGCCUCGUCGCCGCCCCCGGAGGCCAGCAGCAGCAGCAGCGCCGGCAGCCCCGGAGCAGCAGCAGCAGGCGCCGCCUGCCGCCUCCGCCCCAAGGGAAUGGCGGACGACGAGGCCUGUGCAAUGUGCUCCGGCUGA